ACCGCAAUUCUUCCUACCCAUCCUCAUUGUGUGAYGGGUAUGGUAUUAAUGAGGGUGACAGUAACGGCGGAUUGGAGAGUGGAAUGUUCAUGGAUGGUCAAAUUAGGCAAAUGGUGAGUACUUCAUUCUCGAGGCUUGGUCGUCGGCGUUCUCGCAAUGAUUCCUCCGAAUUCAAAGACGCAAUAAGAMAACAGCAACGGCAAAYGAUCGAUGCAACUCUGAAUCGCACCCCCAAUACUCUGAAAGUCCCGGCACCUUUAGCAACGAAAGACAAAGUUUCAUAUUUGAAGGCUUCGACGCUCGGUGCCAACCAAAGCAUUGCGCCACAGCAACAAGAUGGUCCACAGGACGAAUUGGUGCCUCCUCUUCGGGCAUCCCGGGCGCCGGCACACUCUGAAACGAAACUUGCUGCGGAUAAGGUACAAAAAGUUCGACCUUUCUCUUCAGCACACGAAAGCUGUCUCUUGCAGGAGUGUCAACCCAAGGUUCCAGCACCACGGCAGUGUGGUGGUGAAUUGCGCGAGGAUGGAUUGCUAUGGUCCAGUGGUUCUAGGACGCUAUCCCUCCUUGAGGRCAUGGACAGCACCCUCGUUCCGACGACGUCUUAUUCUUUGCUACCCACGAUCGAAGAAAACGUUUUUGGAACAAAGGCUCGCGCGGGACCAAAUUCGGGAUGCAGCGACGACGGUACCGGGCGGAUGGAAUUCGAGACGAUUGGAUACACCCACCAAAAGGUUGGCGAGUUGACAAUCGUGCGUCCCAUACUUUUGCUUCCGGGGGUUGUCGGAGGCGCUUCUUCCCCCGCCGUCACGAACGAAACGAACGCAGGAUAGACACAACCGAAGAACAAGAACAUCUCACGUUGGGAAUUCUGAUGCCUUCUCCACCUCGAACCUGUUGGUACUUAGCGACAAGGAGCACCCCGAUGGAUUGGAUGAGAAUCUUCAUGAAAUGGAUGAUGUAAACUCUGUUGUAUCAUCACCUACCAUGUUGUUCCCCAGCCAAUAGGAAUGAAUACUUCAUACUGCUAAUACUUAUAAAACUUUCAUACCAAG